AUGGAGGACCAUAGUAUCAAAGAACAAAAUAAGAGCGAUCAUAAGAAGUCUUAUGCUGAGAGUGUUCUGUCUACUGGGGAAGGGAAAAUAUUUUCUGAUUACCACUGUUUAUUGAAGGAGAUGGAGGAUUUUGAUGACAAAUUCUCUGUCGAGAUGGACCAGACAGACAUUGAUGAAGAAGACCUGGACCCAUGCCCUACUAUCAAUGUUUCACAAGACAAGUUUGAGGAAUGGUGCUCAACCUGGAGGAAUGCUCUAGUGAUUAAUGUUCUGGGAAAGCAAAUCUCAUUCAAAGCCCUUGAGAAUAAAAUCAAUCGUGAUUGGGUUAGGUCCGGAUCAAUCAGAAUUAUUGACAUGCCCAACGACUAUUACCUGGUGCAAUUCUCAGCAGAAGAGGAUUAUCGUCAUGCUCUCUAUGAGGGCCCAUGGAUGAUCGCGAAUCACUACAUUCUAGUUCAACGUUGGAGACCUUUUUUCACAAUAACGGCCUCUCAAACAAGGAAAGUCGCUGCGCGGAUCAGGAUUCCGGGCUUGCCUAUUAAACUCUAUAACGAUCAUUUCUUGUGGCGUGUGGGUAGUAAACUGGGCACUAUGCUCAAGAUUGACAAACUAACAUCUAUUCAUUCAAGGGGGAAGUUUGCCAGAAUUUGCGUGGAAGUGAAUCUAAGAAGGAAACUGGUGUCUAAGAUUAAUGUGCUGGGUCACAUAAUCAAAUUAGAAUAUGAAGGGCUACACUCGAUUUGCUUUGGUUGUUGCAAAUAUGGCCGCAUACAAGACCAAUGCAGAGAAGGUGUGGAUAACCAUUCUGUUAGCGCGGAGAAAGGAGCAAAGGAGGGCACAGGUGUGAUGGAUGUUGACACAGGGAAUCUGAGUGAAACGAUGGCUGUUGUUCCAUCCAAGGUUUCAAUGGAGCCUGAUGUGGGUUCUUCAUCAGGGGUAGAUUCGUCCAAAUCUUUGGAUGUUUCGGAGGAGUUGUAUGGGCCAUGGAUGUUGGUCAAGAAGAACAAGAAAUCGAAUCGCAAUAAUAAUAGACAAAAGAUCAAACAAGGCAAUCUCGUAACACCAAAAGCGCAGUUUGUUAAGGAAACAAAUAUUGCUAAUAACUUUGCCCACGAGGAUAUGCUAGGUCAGCAAGGGUUUGAACCAAAUUUUGAAGGUUACAUGUUGGUUCCGGAGGGACCCACUUCCAUGCAACCCAUGCAUGCAAACCAUAUUUCAAAACCGAAAUCAAGUCUGGUGCAAAGCCAAAUACGAGUUCGAAACCCCUUGGCAGGGAAAAAUUCCCAAAUAAGGCGUGGAAACUCCUUUAUAAGUGGUUCAACUUCCCCAAAAAAGAAGGGUACUCUAACUAAGAACGCGCCACCGAAGAUAAAGAAUCCCAUACCGGAUGUACCCAAAACAACAACAAUUGCCACAUCGUUCCUGAACCAGCAACAUAACUCAAAAAUGGUGUUAGACAAUAUUCGUUUUAUGACCAAUAGAAAAGGUUCUAAUUGGCCUUUGGAUGAAGUUAUAACGAAGGUAGUGGAGCCAGAUGCUGAAACGCAGGCUCUAGCAGCAGCCUUGCGUAGGCAUUUUAAUGCUAUUAAUCAUAUGGAUGCUGAAGUGUUUGAGGAACACGUUGAAGAGCCAGGGUUGUCCAAGACCACUCCACAAUAG